GCUGUUUUAUUCACCCAGAGAGCUGGUGCUGGAGCGUAGUCAAUGGGAAGGGAACGCCGCGUUGGAAAAAGCGCACACUGUUUAGCCAACUUUCAACUACACCAUGGUUUGCACCUCAGUUUCGUGUGUGUGGAUUAUAUUUUGCCUUCAUUUAUGUUUUUAUGUGAACACUGGAAUAGCACAGAACACAAGAGAGGUGAUCCUGCUGGAUUCAAAGGCGCAGCAGACAGAGCUGGAAUGGAUAUCGUCUCCUCCAAGCGGGUGGGAAGAGAUCAGCGGCUUGGAUGAAAACUACACACCCAUUCGCACAUACCAGGUCUGCCAGGUCAUGGAGCCAAAUCAGAACAAUUGGCUACGGACUAACUGGAUUGAAAAGGGCGAUGCCCAGAGGAUUUUUGUGGAGCUGAAGUUUACCUUGAGGGAUUGUAACAGCCUUCCAGGGGUGGUUGGCUCUUGCAAGGAGACGUUCAACUUGUACUACCAGGAAACCGAUGUGGAGGUGGGCAGGAAUAUAAGGGAGAGUCAGUAUGUGAAAAUUGACACUAUAGCCGCGGACGAGAGUUUCACUCAGGGUGACCUGGGGGAAAGAAAGAUGAAGCUCAACACAGAGGUGCGUAUAAUCGGGCCCCUUUCUCGCCGAGGCUUCUACUUAGCCUUUCAGGAUGUAGGCGCCUGCAUUGCUUUGGUCUCCGUCAAAGUGUAUUAUAAGAAGUGUUGGUCGAUUAUUGAGAACCUGGCCACGUUCCCAGAUACAGUGACAGGUUCGGAGUUUUCAUCUCUGGUGGAAGUGGAGGGCACAUGCGUCAACGAUGCAGAGGAGGAGGCCGACAAUUCUCCCAAAAUGCACUGCAGCGCAGAAGGAGAAUGGCUGGUGCCCAUUGGGAAAUGUAUAUGCAAAGCUGGAUUUCACCAGAAGGGAGAUGCAUGUGAACCCUGUGGUCGUGGAUUCUACAAGUCUUCAUCUCAGGAUCUUCAGUGUUCCCGUUGUCCCGCACACAGUUAUAAUGACAGAGAGGGCUCGUGGAGAUGUGACUGUGAGGACGGCUACUACAGAGCCCUCUCCGACCCCCCUUCAGUCUCCUGCACUAGGCCACCAUCAGCUCCUCAGAAUCUGCUUUAUAAUAUCAACCACACAACCGUCAGCCUGGAGUGGACCCCACCAGCCGACACAGGCGGGCGAAACGACGUGACAUACCGGAUUAUAUGCCGCCGCUGCACUUGGGAGCCCGAGGAGUGCUUUCCUUGCGGGAGCAACGUUGGCUACUCACCGCAGCAGAGUGGAUUAACGGACACCUACGUCACCAUCACCGACCUGUUGGCUCACGCAAACUACACCUUCGAGGUCGAGGCUGUGAACGGCGUGUCUGACCUCAGCCGAACCCAACGCCUAUUUGCAGCCGUCAGCAUCGCAACCAGCCAAGCAGCUCCCUCUCAAGUGAGCGAGGUGAUAAAGGAGCGAGUUCAGCAGCACAGUGUUCAGCUCUCCUGGCAGGAGCCCGAUCAACCCAACGGCGUCAUCACAGAAUAUGAGAUCAAGUACUAUGAGAAAGACCAGAAGGAUCGCAUUUACUCCACCGUGAAGUCAAAGUCCACUUCAGCCACAGUCAAUAAUCUAAAGCCCAGCACGGCGUACGUCUUUCAGAUCCGAGCUUUCACCGCUGCCGGAUAUGGCAUCUUCGGGCCCAGACUGGAGGUCACCACUAAAGAGGAAUCCACUGGAUCUGGUGAGCAAAAGACCACAGUGAUCUCGAGUGAGCAGAAUCCAGUGAUCAUCAUUGCAGUGGUGGCAGUAGCUGGUACCAUCAUUCUGGUCUUCAUGGUGUUCGGCUUCAUCAUAGGGAGAAGGUACGCUCUCGCGGCCCCCAUUGACUCUCCGCUACUACACUGCGGCUACAGUAAGGCAGAUCAGGAAGGGGACGAGGAGCUCUACUUUCAAUUCAAAUUUCCAGGCACCAAAACCUACAUUGACCCUGAAACCUACGAGGACCCGAACAGGGCCGUCCAUCAGUUCGCCAAAGAGCUGGACGCCUCCUGCAUUAAGAUUGAGAGGGUUAUCGGCGCAGGAGAGUUUGGAGAGGUGUGCAGUGGACGACUCAAGCUGCCGGGGAAGAGGGACGUGUCGGUGGCCAUUAAAACGCUGAAAGUAGGCUACACUGAAAAACAGAGGCGAGACUUCCUAUGUGAGGCCAGCAUUAUGGGGCAGUUUGAUCACCCUAAUGUGGUGCAUCUAGAGGGGGUCGUCACAAGAGGAAAACCAGUCAUGAUAGUAAUUGAAUACAUGGAAAAUGGCUCAUUAGAUGCAUUCCUCAGGAAACAUGAUGGGCAGUUCACUGUGAUUCAGUUGGUGGGAAUGUUGCGCGGAAUCGCAGCCGGGAUGAGAUACCUCUCAGACAUGGGUUACGUUCAUCGCGAUUUAGCGGCGCGAAACAUCCUUGUCAACAGCAAUCUCGUAUGUAAAGUGUCUGACUUCGGCCUGUCCAGAGUGAUUGACGACGAUCCCGAGGCUGUCUACACAACAACGGGGGGAAAGAUCCCGGUUCGGUGGACGGCGAUGGAAGCCAUCCAGUAUCGUAAAUUCACAUCAGCGAGUGAUGUGUGGAGCUAUGGGAUUGUAAUGUGGGAGGUCAUGUCCUAUGGGGAACGGCCUUACUGGGACAUGUCCAAUCAAGACGUCAUAAAGGCUAUAGAGGAGGGAUAUCGUCUUCCCGCCCCCAUGGACUGCCCUCCUGGCCUCCAUCAGCUCAUGCUGGACUGCUGGCAGAAAGACAGAGCCGAUCGGCCCAAAUUUGACCAGAUUGUAGGCAUCUUGGAUAAAAUGAUCCGCAACCCUAACACCUUAAAAACGCCAAUGGGAACGUGUUUACGACCCAUAAGUCCACUACUUGACCAGAACACUCCAGAUUUCACCUCUUUCCGAUUGGUCAGCGAGUGGUUGGAAGCCAUCAAGAUGGAGAGAUACAUGGACAACUUCACAGCCGCCGGCUACAGCUCGCUUGAAUCUGUGGCUCGAAUGACUAUCGAGGACGUAAUGAGUUUGGGAAUCUCCUUGGUGGGCCAUCAGAAGAAGAUCAUGAGCAGUAUACAGACUAUGAGAGCGCAGAUGUUGCAUCUUCACGGGACGGGCGUUCAAGUGUGAUGGGCAUCCACAGCCCCUUCCCAGUUGGAUGAAGCAGAAGUCUCCAGGACAGCACAGCAAAGUGUGUGACACAGCAAACAAAAAUCGGAAAAACUAAACAUUUCUCAAAAAAAAAAAAAAAAAAUGUUCCACACCCUUCCGGUGAGAUUAACCUUCCAGAACUGGCUGAACAGAAUCAUUCCUUUGUUUUGGCGAAGGAUUUGGGUGAAGGUGCUGAAAACCAAGAGACGAGGACACAGAUGAGGACAAAGAACACAGGCGGACAGACCUCCGGAUGCUCUCAAGAACUCUUCACGUCACUGAGACGGAGCAUUCCAGAGGAUUUUUAUGCUUUGUACGAACUGUCUUUAUCGUCAAAAAAGAUUGAUUUGCUCAUAGUUGCUAUAGAUUUCAUUGAUUUUGUUUUUUUUUUUUUUUAAUAUAAAAUAAGCAAAUCCGGUUCAUAAGGAGUGAAUUUGGAGAUUUCGUUUGGUUUGUAAUAUCCACAUUUAACCAAUGUGGUGCGUUACUCUUCUACUCGAUUGAUUUUGUGUUAGCUUGUUUUCUCGGAUUGUGUUACGGAACUGACAACAGGGUAAAACGUCUCAUCUGGAGGGAAAGAGACAGAACCAGAGGCUGAAAGUCGACAGAGGACGUUUGUCUUCUCCAGCCAGCACUAUUUACAUGAAGCUCUCUCCAGACAGAAGAUAAAGUCGACCCGACUUGUUUUUUUUUUUUUUUAUAUAUAUAUCAAGCAGUAAUAUCCCACUGCUUGGUAAUACGUGAAGCUCCUGAGGGUGGCUGGUUGUGUUUAAGAACAGCCCGAGCAGAUGAUUAGGUAUAUUUUAUGAUCUUACAUUACAAUUCAGAUGUGAAUUAGUACAAAGAGAUUUGCUAACCACUUCAGGUGGAGCUUUUUUAAAAUGUAAGAAGAACAAUUACGGUGGCAAUAUUCUUUAUAAGUUUAUAUUUACCACAUGAAUGGAUUUAUCAGUGCUGUUAUUGAAUGUGUCCUUUUUUAAUAUUGAUAUUAUUUACCAUAAACACGUUUCCACACAAACGGGGGGAAAACAAUGUUCAUUUCGGAAACAAAAUCAUUUGUUGGUUAAGUAUCAGUUUCCUAGCCGGUUGCUGAUUUUGAAAUCAUACAAUGGUGUGGUGUAAAGGAGUAAUACUGCCUUAAAUCAAGUCAACUAUUGCUCUUAUUUUUAGGUACUUAGCUUCUUUGUGAGAUUACGAUUAAGUAGGGGAGAGACUGACCAACAUGAGCAAUAAUUUGAGGUGCUGUAUAGACUUUUACACACAGACUGCUUGGAAGUCAGAGGCAGUACUGUGAAAUUUGAUCAAAGAGAGUUGCUGAGUUUAUAUACUGUACGAGGAUCUUGACGUUUUGGUGCAUUUCUUCCACCUUUUUUUUUUUUGUGUGCUGAGCUCAUAGAUGAGAUUUAUGUUGGUGUUUUAGUGCCAUAACAGCCUUCCACUCUCGACUGAAUGUUUCGUUGACAAUUAAAUGUUACGCAUUUUAAGGCCCUGAAAUACUUACAACAAAGUCCGUUCUCCCUUUUUUUUUUUUUGCUUAAGUUAGAAUUACCUGAGCAGAUUUGCACCAGCUCUGCAAUGCAGCACCCCAGACACGUCAUACUUUUUUUUAAAUAGCACUUUAUACAGUAGAUUGAUUUAAAGGAAGCAUCUUUAUAGUAUAAAAAUAGUGCUUAGAAUUAUACUUCAAUAUUUACUAUAAAGCAUUAUGGACAUUUAACCUUGAUGGAUAGAGUAAAUUAAACCAAUACAUCAAGUCACACCUUCUUAUAAUGUCAUUUAAAGGCAUUAACACGCCUUAAAAUCCCCAAAUGAAUUUUGUUUUGGUAUAUAUAUAUAUAUAUAUAUAUAUAUAUAUUUUUUUUUUUUUUUUUUUCCGAUUUUGCUUUAAGUAUAUCAGAGCCUUAAGUGUUAAAUAGUACUGUAGACCUUUUUAGACUUGAUUUGCUGGGUUGCCACCAUUUUAUACUAUUAAUGUGUCACAUUUAAACACGCUAAACACAUUUUCAUUAUUCUGGGAAGCCAAUGCCACUUUAACCACAACAGCCGUGCCAACGUGUGGCAUUUUCCUUAAGUUGAAAGAAAGCCGUUGGAGCAAAGCAUCGUUGGAGGAUCAGCCAAACGUUUGGCGCUUCAAAAAAAGCCAUGCCAUCUCCAUUGUGAACCCAGCUGGUUUGUGUGUGCGUCCCUCGCGGAUCAUAUCGUGCCCUGGUUAGAGGCCCAUCUCCAAUCCGCUAUCCUUCCAUCCCGCUAACCUCAGCAUUGAGCCCACGCCAGGCCUUUGAAUUGAAUGCGAGCGGAAAGGCUCUCGGUCAGCACAAACCUCCCGAGCUUCAGCAGUGGCUGCAGUCACUCGGAUCAGCCUCCCCGCGCUCUGAUCUCACACUCCGGCCUCCCGAGGGCCCCUCACAGGCCCUUACCCUCUCCGGGGCCCCUGUAGAGACAGCAAUUUGAGCCAAUUUGAGAUUAACGCCUGGAUUCAAUCAAUCCCACAUUGAGGCCACCGUACGGGUCAAUGACAAAUCUGUCAAUUUUUUUUCCUCCUUUUCUGCUUUGUGCCGUUUUGAACUUUUCUGGUUUGAUAGUAGUGGAAUUUUGGGUCAAGACAGUUUGUGCUGUGGAUUGAUUGAGUUCACGGUGCAGCAGGGUUUUAAAGACUUCUAGAAAGACAGUCGAAAGCCCACCCAGACAAAAGUGAAGUGGAAUAUUCCAAAGAGUUCAGCACUGUUGAUUGUGUCAGAGUAAUCACAAACCAGAGGACGAUUUGUACAUGUUCUAGCUGUAAAACUUGUAUAUUUUAUUUAUGAUUGUUGUUUCUUUUUAUUUUUCACUCAAGUACUCUGUAGUGAGCUCAUUGAAAAUGCACUAUAUUUUUCUAUCUCACAUGCAACCGAUUCUCGUCACCCUCACUCUUUCAGUUGUACAUAAUUUCUCAUGUAGGACCAAAGAGAGCUAAUAGGUUUCCAUUUUAGGAGAUUUUUUUUUUCCUUUUCUCUUUUAGGUUGGAAAAAAUGUACAGUACAAAUGAAUUGUUGAUUUAUUAUUUAUUUUUCUGUGACAAGAGUAUGGAGAGUAUUCAUUGGUCAAAAAGUAUUUUCCCCAGUUGAGAAACUGUAUGGUCAUUUACCUAGACAAUUUCUUGUUACAUAGACCAUUUUUUUCUUUUGCUUUGUAACCUUUGUAAUAGACUGUACAUAUAUUUUUGGAAAUAUAAUGCAAUCUCUAUA